AUGGCUGUUUCGAUCUCUCUACUCACUUUCAUAGUGGCUGUAUCGGUCCCCUUGGUCGGAUUUGGUGCACAAAAGCUCUACAGAUCAUUCAUAGCUGGGCGGGGUAAAGCGCUUCCUAGCCUUAGCAGCCUUAGUCAUAUGCAUUCGAGCAGCGCCUAUCCCGAAGAUUACUAUCCAGGUGGACACUAUGCAGAGUUGACAUUCGGAGAGACUCACUACUUCCGUUUUGGGCCAGAAAACGGGAAAAAGAUUGUGUUUGUACACGGCCUCUCAAUCCCAACCUCUGUUUAUAAAAAGGUUGCUCGCCAUAUGGCCGAUAAUGGAUGCCAUGUCCUCUUAUAUGAUCUGUAUUCGCGUGGUUAUUCGGUUGGGCCAGCAAAAGAUCACGAUCCUUUUUUGUACGUUACUCAGCUAAUGGAACUACUGCAACAUGUUCAGUGGGAUCGAUGUAAUUUUGUUGGACUAUCACUGGGAGGAGGCAUUGUUGCCUGCUUUGCUCAACAAUUCCCAGAUGUCGUCGAGUCGGCGACAUUUAUUGCACCCGGUGGACUUUUAUUACCUUCUGAGAUGCCCUGGGUUGCCAAACUAUUUUUGCUGCCAUAUACUGAAGACAUUUGUAAUCACAAGGCCAUCAGGAAUUAUUUUUCAAAAAAGAACAUCGAGUCUCUGCGAAAUGAGUUCAAAAACGAAAAACAUGUUCCCGCGUCUGUUGAAGAAGCUGCCGAAAUCUUGGAUCUACAAUUUAGAUACCAUCCAGGGUAUGCCCGAGGAUUGAUGUUGACGCUUAAAAAGUUCCCUUUUUCCGGGUUAUUCCCCCAGUUUGCGUCAUUGCAGGACCAUACGUUUCCUGUACAGGUGAUCUGGGGUACGCGGGAUAAGGUUGUGCCUGGAACAACUGUGGAAACUCUUCAGAAACUGGUUCCUCGGAUCAAAGUCACCAAAGUUGAAGGGGCAACACAUAGCAUUGUUAUGACGCAUCCGGAAACCAUUAUUAAACAACUUGAGGGUUUUGUCUGUUGA